AUGCUGCUUUUUCUCACGCUUCUUCUAUUUCUCCUCCUCCUCGAAGGCGAGGCGCAACAAAGUCCCGUGACCACCGCGAUUCGCACGAUGAUCGUCAACAUGCACAACUAUCGCAGAUCGAGGCUUGCUCAAGGACUAGUACCCAAUGGCAGGACAGGCAGGCGUGCUCCUAGAGGAAGGAACAUAUACAAAAUAAGAUACAGCACGACUCUUGAGAACGACGCCCAAGCCUAUGCGGACAACUGCACCACCACCGGCUCUCCUGUGACUUCGCGCCCAACUCAGGGCGAAAAUUUUGAUCGGAUCCCAUCAACCACCGCUACGUCGUAUCAAAACGCUAUUCGCAGGAUGGCUUGGGCUUCCACCUACGAAGUUGGCUGCGGAGCUAAACUCUGUACGGACAACUACUAUGUCGUUGUGUGCCGCUACAAUCCA